ACCUCUCUCGGUUUCAUUGUUAGAAGAGAGAGAGAGAGAGAGAGAUAAAUAGAUCGUUGAAAUGAGAAUGUAAUAUGAAUGCAGCUAUUCGAGCAAAAAUCAAACCAGCCAAGUCUAUCGAAAAUGAAUGAUGCAGCCGUCUACCGCAAAUUUUCUCGCUCAGCAGUAUGGAUUUGAUGCAGAAUUUGUGUGAGGUAUUGUUGGUGGAAUUCAGUCGGAAAUAUGGCAAAUUUUGUUUUGACGGCGGAUUGACGACGAAAAUCAAGCAGCACGGUUUGAGUGACGAAUUAACGGCAGAAAUCCAAUGUUCACUUACUGGACUUAUCUUAAUAGUGUUUGUAUUUUACUUACGAAGGAGUCUAGAAAAAUUGAAGAUAAAGCAAAAGAAAAGAGAAAGUAGAAGAUAAAGUAAAAGGAAACUUAUCGCAGUCAUUCUUGAAAGUGCGGUUUGCAACUUGCAACACCUUCAACUCGUUUUAUCUGUUACGUCUUUUCAUGGAGCGUCGGUCUCGUCCGAAUGAUGAAAAUUUAACGGGAACCACGAUCCCAUAUCAUCAUCCCGUAGCGCUCUCUACCUGCCGUGCCCAAGAUUAAUUCACGAUCGGAGUCCUGGUUGGGCCCCCGAGGACCCGUGAGGGCCGUGAGAACCCAGCAGUGUGGACGAGAGGGAACGCGGAGAGAACGCGUCCGCUCGCCGUUGCGGGAGGUGCCUCGGUUCCAGGGCGACGCACGGCAGCCAGAUUUCGGUUUCAACUCGAGACAUUCUCUCUCCUCGGCACCGCGUCCUUCCGCGUGGAUCUUCUCUGCCCUUGGUGUACAUAUAUAUAUACACGCGCACGCAUACACACACACACACCAACACACAUCGCAUACAUACACAUACACAUAUACAUCCGCGGUGAGAGAUCGGACGCGUGCAUUCCGCAGGAGGCGGGUGGUCGCACCGCGUUGGAGAUGUGAGAGAUUCCGGAGCGGGCUGCGCGAACGAACCGCAGAAUGGCCUUCCUGUGCCCCGUGCGCAUACGUCGCGGAAAGAAGAAGAAACCAGCCGGAACGCACAACUUUAAUUUGGAGAAAGACUGCGGGACUGGUGGCAAUGGACUUGGCUUGGGCACUAGAGUGCCGUUACCCCCUGGCCGCAUAACAGGAAGCGCGAGUAUCGAGACCCUUGUCAGAGUCGGUAUUGAGAAGGAGAAUGGACUCUCUCCGGACAGUAAAAUGGUCAUUGUGCAUGACUUUACCCCCUGUGUGGACGAUGAACUUCAAGUCAAAAGGGGCCAGAUAGUGAAUGUGCUUUACAGAGAGAAUGAUUGGGUGUACGUGAUAGCGGCGGACACGCGUAUGGAAGGCUUCGUGCCGCACUCGUAUUGCGCACCGUACACGUCGCAGCUGGCGGAACUGACGUUGGCCAAUCUGAACAACGUGAAGAAGAAGCUGCCGCGGUCCAGCGAGAACGACUGCGAUCUUCUUAGCGCGGGCCGACUGCAGGAAACGCAGCAGACCGACACCGGAUCCGCCUCGGAUUGCGAGAGCUACGCGCGGAAUAACAUCACCACUGCGGACGUCAACGUCAAUCGCUCCAACAUCACGCAGUCCCAGAAUUCCAUACAGACUAUAUCAUCGCAACCGGACGUACAUCCCUUCUUCAAGGAUCCAUCAGCCGGAAGAUACAUCGUUCUUUACACGUUCGUGGCGCGGGACGAGAACGACGUCAGCGUCGAGAGAGGCGAAUUCGUGACCGUGCUUAAUCGCGACGAUCCGGAUUGGUUCUGGGUGCUCCGACAUUGCGACGGCAACGAGGGUUUCGUACCGUCCGGCUUCGUCUAUCCCGGUCACGUUCUUCAUUCUUACGCGACGGCCACUACGACGGCCGCCACUGUCACUACAAAUACAGCGUCCGCAGAGGCUCACAGUCCAGGCAAAGGUACGGGGGGCAAUAUAACGGGAGGUGAGUCGCUGCAGCAAAAGGGAGUGCGGGAUUUCCGGGACGAGACGACCGGCACGGAAUUAGUGGUGCUUUACGAUUACAAGGCGCAGGCGCCGGACGAUCUGUCGGUGAAACGGGCCGACUGGAUAUACGCGGAUCUGGGAAAUCAAACGGUGGACGGCUGGCUCUGGGCCUACGCGCCCAAGACGCGCAAGUACGGUUUCAUUCCUAAAGCGUACGCGCGACCCCCUGCCAUGACUAGCUUAUAAUUCGAGAUGUUUGGGAAGGAAAAAAAAAAGAAUUCGCCUUCUUCGAGUAAGUGCUCAAGUUGGGUAAUCUGCAAUACUGUCCUUUGUACCGUCCUUUUAUACAUCGUACGUCAUCAAGUAUAUGCGAAAGAGCGAGAUAAUUAUAUAUAUUUUAUUUAAAUAUCUACGUCCCAUUAGAUUAUUAGCUCGGAUGUUGCAAAAGGGAAAGUGAAUUUAGCUGAUUAGGCCAAAAAAAAUGGAUAUUUUUAAGAAAUAAACGAGAGGAUUUCGCGCGA